GUCCUGGACUUCCACCAUCCUCACCAGCUGAAGGAUGGACUGGAGGGCUUCAGUCUGAUUCUGCCAGACCAACCGGAAACUCUGGAACAGAUACUGGUGGACUGUAGGGACACACUCAAGUAUGGCGUCAGUACAGGCCAUCCCCGUUUCUUCAACCAGUUGUCUUCAGGUCUGGAUGUGAUUGGUGUAGCUGGAGAGUGGCUGACCUCUACAGCCAACACUAACAUGUUUACAUAUGAAGUGUCUCCUGUUUUCCUCCUCAUGGAGGAGAUUCUGCUGAGGAAGAUGCAAAGCAUUGUGGGAUGGUCUGACGAUGACGGAGAUGGAAUCUUCUGCCCAGGAGGCACAAUAUCCAACCUGUACAGCAUCGUGUUGGCCAGAUAUCACUUCUACCCCGAGGUGAAAACCAGAGGGAUGGGAGCUCUGCCUCAGCUGGCCCUCUUCACUUCCGAACAUAGCCUGCUCUGUAACAUGGAAUCCUCACAAGAUGAUGGGCGUCCCUCUGCAGUGCUCUGCAAUACUGGUCAAGAAGAAAGGUCUCUUAAAGGAGUGCAAUGAGUUCUGUGCUGAGUACCUUUUCCAGAUGGACAAACCCUACAAUGUGAGCUAUGAUACUGGGGAUAAAAGCCUCCAGUGUGGCCGACAUGUGGAUGCCUUUAAACUCUGGCUCAUGUGGAAGGCAAAGGGCUCAGAGGGUUUCGGAACUCAGGUCAACAAAUGCUUGGAGAAUGCUGAGUAUCUGUACGAUCAACUGCAGAUGAGGACAGACUUUGAACUGGUCUUCAAAGACAAACCAGAGCACAGCAAUGUGUGUUUCUGGUACAUCCCCCCCAGUCUGAGAGGCCUGCCACUUGGAACUGAAAGAGACAAAAGACUCCAUCGGGUGGCUCCUCAGAUCAAAGGCAGGAUGAUGGAGAAGGGCUCUGUUCUGAUUGGCUAUCAACCUUUGGGAGACAAAGUCAAUUUCUUCAGAUGUGUGUUCUCCAACCCUGCCACACAGCAAGAGGACAUCGACUUCCUGCUGGACGAGAUUGUCUGGCUGGGCCAUGACCUGUGACCUCUGAUAUGAUUGUUUGGUUUCAUUUACUUUUUAAGGAAAUUAGUGUAUCUGACUAUGAUACCAUUGUUCGACUGUUAUAUGAGGCUACAUUGUAUCCAACCUGGGUACACAGUCUAAUGUUGGUGUACAGCGUUUUGACAAUUACUCCCAGCUAAGCUUUACAGCAGUGGUUCCACCAUUUUUCCUUAAGGGAGCCCUUUCUAUUAAUAAACUGACUCAGUAACAUAUUUUAUGCAUAAUUCAAAUUAUAUACAUUUUAUAAUAAUAACAGUACAGAACAACAGUGAACACAAGAACGCCAGGAAGUGUGUGUAAAACGAGCCAUUUGGGUGAAUUUUGAGCAGAUUAUUUCCUGUGAAUGUUGAUCAGAGAUGAGUUUUCCUGAUAAUUUAACGAUUGUUAUAUGCAAUUCUCUGUAUUAUGUCUCAUAUUAUUCUCUAUAUGUCUUUUUUUUAUCUCUGUCAUACAUACUUAGUAGGCUUCUUUUUAAACAAAUUCAUUGGUUUCUUCUCAUUGUUCUAGUAGUUCUUUGGUUUGUUUUAACUUUUCUUAGGGGCCAAUCAUGCUAGAAACUCCAAAACCAUUUUUCCAUCUGUUUUGAUGCUGUUUACUAUGCAGGUAAAUAGGUUAGCUAGCUAGUUAGCUAGCUGUUUGACUGUGAGAAAACUAUGGACCAGGGGUGUAGUGGGGGGGUAAACUUAAGUAACCUUAGUUAUGCACCUUCUGAAUGAAGCUAGCAUUUACUCAUCUAGAGCUUGACGCCUGCUUCGAUACAUUUUUCCUGUUAAUCAUAUUUGAUCGCCUGUUUGCGCAUGUUGGUUUGCAGCUGCACCUGUAACAAUGCGUCUCUGUGUGAUUGGCCCCUAAAAAAAGUGAAGGCUCUGUGGAUAUAGAUUAUGUCUUUAAAAGCAACAAUUUCAUUUAGUUCUCUUCACAGAAAUUAAUGAAAUAAAAGGCCUACUGUGCAUUUAAAAGAAAAAGUUCUCUUACACCCCUAAUAAUCAAGAAGGCCUUGCAACCACCUGUGAAGCUUUGGCAACCCCGACUGCGGGACCAGUGCUACAGCCAAUCUGCAGGCCCAUCUGUUGUUAUUUAAGUUAUUAGGGUCAUCUCAGUCAAGUUAAUAUAUCUAUAACUGGAUAUUUAUAUAUAAUAUAUAUAAUAUGGAGCUAUCCAAGGUGGUGAUAUGUUUGUAUUUUUUAAGAUACAGACAGAAUGCAGAAGAUUAUAGAUUGGAUCUUUAAAAUAAUUGUAUUUUUAUUUUUAUAUAUGAUACAAUAUGAUAUGAUAUACAGAUCUGGAUAUAGGUCCUCUUUGUCUUGUAUGUCUUACUGACCCUUUAGAUUUUGUGUAGAGCAUUUUAUAAUCACCUUGGUUUCUGGAAAAGGUCACUGCUUAACCUCCAGUCCUUUCCAAACAAACCUCAGCGGCUGGUGUUGUAUAGCCUAAUGCUGCUACAAGUACAAACAACAACAGAUGUUAUAGGCUCUAUAGGUGUAAUUAUGUACCUGAAAAUGAUUGCAUCAUGAGUUCUCAGGAAAAUCAGGCAGAGAGGGAACCUAGAAGCACAAACUUUUUAUUCUGAGCAUUAUGUGAAAAGAUUAAAAAAUGUUUUUGCUCAAUAAACUAAUACUGCUUUAUCUGAAAGUGUAUGAUGCCAUCUGAUGCCCCUAGUAAAAUUUCAUGGCAACAGAAUGAUAACCCGAUUAAGGUCAGGUAUAAAAACUCUUAAUCAAAGAUUUCUCUCUUUGCAUUUGGACACUGGUUGACCUGCUGCAUAAGCUGAAGCUGAACGCAACCUACACUUGGAAAGAGAACUGUUGAAGAACUGAAUCUACUGGAUAAACGGUACAUAAAAAAAUCACAUCAGAUGUUGGAUAUGAAAACUGAUAGACCAGUUUGGCUGGUAUAUCACUACCCUCUCAUGUCGAGUUAUGUAAGUAACACUGAGGCCUCCUGU